AUGGAGCCCUACAAACUCAUAACCAGCCGAGCGCCGCUCUCGGAGACGCUUGGACCUCCCGGCUUUCACCCUUUGCUCCCUGGUAAAUGCCCCGAAGACUGUUUCACGGCCCAGCUGGCGGAGCGCGGCUACAAGGAUGAGCUGCAGCCGUUCCGGAUUGACGACACCAACGACUCCCUGUGGUCGCUGUCUAAGGUCUUGGUGGACAGCGCGACCAGCGCGGGAGCAGCGGCGGAUGGCGCUGGUGCUGGGGCUGGGCCUGGUGGAGGAGGUCCAGGGGGAGGUGGUGGGGGCAGCCUGGGGUGCGCCGGCCCCCAUCCCUUGGCGGCCGCCGCGUCAGCACUACAGCGGGCCGCUCUGUCCAUGUUGACUACGGCGCAGCGACAGCGGCUGGAAGCAGAGCAGGGUGGGCCCCUAAGCGCACUCGGGUGGGGGUACGGCAUGGGCAUCCCAAGGGAACGAAGAGACAAGAGCCGUAGGGCAAGAGCGGUGGUAACCCACAUCUCCACGUCGUCCCGUGUCAUCUGGGUGCGGGCCAACAUUACGUCACCGCCGGUCUCCUCGGCAUCGCCGCCGCCGCCGCCACAGCCGCGCGCGCCGCACAAGCGUGCGACUGCAAUGCCGCUGUACGGCAACCCAGCGGUGGCCAUGUCCCAGGGCACCGUACAGCUUCCGGAGCUGCGGACCGCAUCCGAUGUGGGUCGUCGUCUGUGGCUAUCGGCGCUUGCUGGUUCUGCAUCUCUGGGCUACCUGGCGCAGACGGCUCCGACCAUGCCGGACAGGCGGCUCUUCCUUGGGCUCAUGUGGCAGACGGGCGUUCCCAUACCAAGAGCGACGUGGUUCGUGCGGCUACUGUACACCCAUCUGGCUCGGCAACAGCUGCGGCCGCUGCCGCCGCCGCCGCCGUUGCCGGCAGGCUCGGCCGCCGCUGCGGCAGCAGCCGCAGGCGGGGGUGGCGCGUCCGCCGCCGCGGCUGGAGCAGGGGCUCAGGCUGCCUCGUCCGCCCUGGCGUCCACCCGCGCCUCUCUAUGGACGUCCGACCUGCUCACGUACCUCGACAGCCAGAUCGCAGCCGUGGAGGCCGCGGCCGCCGCCGCGGCCGCUGCGGCAGCAGCAGCAGCAGCGGCCACGGCCGCGAGCAGCGCUGGCGGCGGUGCCGGCACCGCGGGGCCGCUGCCAUCUCCUCCCGUCGAUUACACCGCAGCCUCCCCUAAUGUUGCGAGUCCAGACUGGGCGAGCUUAUCCGCUGACGAUGCGUUUCCAGCUGCCGGGAGUGGCGGCGGUGGCGGCGGUACCGCAGCAUGCGGCGCUGACCCACGCGCGCGGCUGCUGGAUUACCAGCCUGGCGCACCGGUGCUGUACUUAGUACGGCUGGCUGGAUCCACGUUCCUUGACGGCUUGCUGGACACAGCGAAGCUCGUGGACUGGGGCUGUGGGCAGCUGGCGGCGGUGUCAGCGGCGCUGGGGGGCCCGCCGGCAGCGCCAGUGCCAGCAGGCGCAGUGGCGCCGCCGGGGAAUGGUAUGGCGGCGUCGGCGGGCGGCGCCGGCGGCGUACCCCCACCGCUGCCGGUGGCGGCUGCUCCAGCUGCCGGUUCAGCGGCUGGUGCAGGAAUGGCUGCUGCCGGGCCCGGCGGCAGGGCACUUACUGCGGCAGAGCAGCUCCGCGCGCAGGUAGCCCUGCAGCUGCUGCUGGCUUGUCUGCCGGACAUCACACAAUCGCUGCUACAUGUACGGGUAAUUGUUGACGCGGUGGUAGAGCUUUUGAUGGCUGCGCGUUGUACGGCACCUGGCAGCGGCGCCGUGGCAGCAGCUGACGCCGCUGCGGCCAAUGGUUUGGGUGCCGGCAACCCCACGAACACCUCUGGUGCGGCGGGUGCCGGCGCUUCCAACUCAGCAUCGCCACCGGGCCCGAGCUCGCCGUCAGGUGCGGUAUCCCCUCCGCUAGGUUACGGAGCCACGCCCGCGGGAAACCCCGUAUUCGGCUUGACGGCGGUGUCGGCUGCGGCUGCUUUGGGAGGUAAUGAUACGGGAGCUGGUGGCCUGGAUUCAUCUGUCACUGAGCUCGCAUUGGAAUGCCUGGAGGGCUGUGUGCGUAACGCACCAGCGGCCGUCCUUUCCCUGGAUUCUUUGCCGCUGCUCGUACGGGCGCUGAAGGCGCCCUGGCCGCCAGCUUCUGGGGCGGCAGCAGCAGCAGCGGCGGGCCCAAUCGGCGUUAGCGGCGGAGAGGAUGCCGCCGCACUAGUAGCGGCGGCGGCGAUAGUUUGUCCGCGGCGCCGCGCGAUGGCUGACAAGCUGGCGGCUGCACACGCGAGUUUGGCGACGUCCGUCAACACUCGGCUCCUUGCCUUCAACCCCGUUGCGGCGCUCCGAGAUUUGGACCGUGCGGCGGCGGCGGGUGACGUGGACGCGGGGAUGGCCACGCUGGCGCAAGCCUGCUGGGGAGACGUGUCCCGCCCGGAACCUGCCGUACAGCUGCUUGGGAAUUGGACUGUGGGGUUACCCAUCGUCUUGCCGCCAGUGCUGGUCCCGCCGGUGUCGCCAUCGGUGUCUUUACAAGCAGCAGCGACGGCGGCAACCGACAACCCAGCGGCGCGAGCUGACCAGGUCGACAUGGGCCUCGCCUGCCGUACAGUUUACGCAUGCCGGUUGAUGGUGCGCUUAGCUGCGGAGUGCCGCCGCAGUCGGGUUGAAGCCGCGGCGGCGGCAUCGCAGGGCCUGUCGCCGCCGGUGCCGCCGCCGCUCGCGAGCGCAAGCAAUAUUGGAGCCCAAGCAGGGACGGCGUCGGCAGCAGCCGGUCCUGCCACGGCGGGUGGAGCGCAAGGGACGCUUCGGACGGGGCCGGGCCCCAUCCCGCCGGGGGUUCAGCCCCUUGCGGCUGCGCCGGGCUCGGCAGGGCCGCCGGGAACGACCCGUGGGUCCAGGGCGGGAAGCGCUGGAGGGAUCAGCUCGGUCGACUUUGGCGCGUCGGCGCCGGUGCUGCAGGACGCCAUUGUCUCAUGGCUGGUGAGCAGACCGGGGCCUUGGCGGAGGAGCAGCGGCCUCGCCGGCGACGGGGCCGCCGCUGCCGCCGCCGGCGGCGCGGCUGUCGGAGGCUGGCAGGAGCUGCACCUCCGGCGCACAGUCCAGUUCCUGGUGUGUAUGACGGAGGCGGGCGUCUUCUCCCCCACUGCGUUCGUACAACGUCUCCUAGUUGACGGCGUCUUUGAUCCAGUGCCUGCCGCCAUGGACUACUGGCCCGAUAUGCGCACAGCAGUCGCGGCAGGGCCCGCUAUUGCACCAGCAGUAGCAAACUCGCUACCGGCAGAAGUCCCCCCUGCAUGUGGAGAGGGCGGCGGCAGCGGAAGCUACAGCCGUGACGACGCCGCUGCGUUGGCGCUCUACCUGCAGCACCUGCAUCCUCACCUAGUCGCAGCCUUGGACGAACAAGCAGCGGCGACAGCUGCGGCGAUGGCCAGCAAUGUACGGCCCGGGUUUCGCCGUACCCUGGGUGGUAGCGUGGCGGCGUUCGGACAGCAGCAGCAGCAGCAACGGGUGGGUGGGAGUAGCGGCGGCGCCUCAGUGCUGGCGGAAGCUGCGGAGCUAGCAGGUAGCUCCGGACCCGUGAGUGGUCAUGCGUACGGCAGGACGCGCAAGAGCUUGCUGGCCGUGGCUCGGUGUCAGGGCCUGCUGCUUCGUACGGCAGCUGUCGCGGCGCCGGGCCAGGCCGAUUCAGGCGAUGGGCUCCGAAAGCGCCAGCGUCGGCGGCGUCUAGGCCCCGCGAGCUAUGGAGGAGGCAAUGAAGCGAAACGUCGCCGCACAACGGCUGGGGUGUUGGCGGCACGGGGCCCACCGCCGCCGCCGCGCGCGGCCUCGGUGGCGGAGCCUCCGUCCACGCCCCUGCCAGUUUGCAGCCCUGCCGCAUCCCCAGCGCCAGCUCACGCUCCUUCGGGAACCCCCUCACACACCGCCACACCGGCAGCAUCAGUACCCGACACGUUUGAAAGAGUGCUAGCGGCGGCGUUCCGCUCCCUGGACUCCUUGACGUACUUGUCGUUAACCGCUGCCGUACGCGGCAGGAGCGCGAUCCCCAGCGGCAGGCCACCGCAGCGCGCACCAUCGCCGGGAGUUCCCCCGUCACCCGGCCUGGCGGCGUCACCCGGGCCGUUCGUGUCCUCACCCAGCCCGUCGUCGUCGCCCCUGCGUCCGGAGAUCAUGGAGGUAGAGGCCGUUGUGGACGGCGGCGCCGCCGGCAAUGUCGGCGGAUCCACCUCCCCCGCCGGCGUGCGGGGACGGCGGCCUGAGGAUUCCGCCACGCCCUCCGCAGGCCGGGUCCGGGUUGUCGGUCGUAUUGCCGGCCGCGGCGGGGACCCCGACCUGCUGGCGGAGGUCCGCGGCCUGCGGCCGUGGCAACAGCGCCUGGUGGCGUCAGCUGUGUGCCGGCACGUGAAUGCCGUACUCUCAGCGGCCUUGAUGCCACCGGUGCCGUUCGGCAUAACGGCGGCGCCGCCGCCAUUCCCGUCAGCGUACGUCAGGGCGUGCGCCGCCGCCGCGCUGACCAAGCCUGCGGAGCUGCCGGGGGGCCCGCUGACGGAGGCGGUAGCGGCGGCCCGCGCCGGAGGCGGCUUCUCGGCUGUGAAGCACGGCGACACCUGGCUGCUGCGUUGCCUGGCCCUGCUGGAGGCCUGUCAGUGCUGGCACUGCGGGCCCCAGCUGCUGCUGCACCUCACGGCGCUGCACGUGGAGGCCACGGGGCAGUGGGCCACGUCAUCCGCGGCCACAUCACCCGUUGGUACGGCAGCGGUAUCUCCCGCCGCGGCUGCUGCUGCGGCGGCGCUUGAGAAUGGCGGCCUGUUGUGGCACCGGCUGCGGUUGCAGUCCAGCCUCGUGUUGGCGGCACUGGAGUCCCUUACACCGAGGCUGGUGGGCUGCGGCCUGCUGCUGCCCUCCCUGGACGUGCUGACAUCCUGGGCGAUCCGGUACGGCGCCCUGCCGACAGUGGGACGGAGAUAUCUGGGCCGUGCGACUCAGUGCGCCGGGGUACUGGCGGCGGCGGGUGCGGCGGUGGAGGCGCCAGGGGUGCGGGCGUGGUGGGAAAGGUUUCAGAAGCUGGACUCGGCGCAUGGGCAGCAUUGGCUGAUUGGUGACCUGACGCCGUACACCCAGGGACUGGCCUCAUCCGCUGGCUCGCCGGGACAGCCCGGUGGCGGCGGCGGCGGCGGCGGUGCUGUGAACUCGGUCUCCCCAAAUGCCGUCGGUGCAGCAUCUGGUGGCAGUAUGACGCCGCCAGGGUUGCCGCAGCCGCGGCCGCCGCUUGUACGGCUUUCUGAACAGGUCGUACAAGCCAUGGAGCAGGUCCGUGGAGGGAAUGCGUCGCAGCUGGCCGCUCGGUGGAAGGCCUGCACCGACGCAUGUGCGCCGCUGGCAGCGGCCCUGGCGGCGCUGCUUACCGGCGGCAGCAGCGCUGGCGGCGGCGGCGGCGGCACCAGUGCCGCUACAGCCGCCGGCGCGCGUGGCAGCCCUGCGGUGACGACGUGCCCUGGGAGCCCUGUCGAUGCCACCGCAAGCACGGACGGCGGCGAUUUCACGGAACGCCUGCGUACGGCUGCAAGGCAGGCUGGCCGCGCCGUCGCUGGCCUUUGCACGGCAUGCACGGCGGGUGAGAGCGACGGCAUGCUGCUGCCUGUAAGCAGCAUCUUGCACGCGUGGAUACGCUGCUGCUGCGCCACUGUCGGCCCAGCCGCUGGCCGGGCGGCUGCAGCGGCCGUGACCCGUGGGUCGCCCUCGGUUUCACAGCCGGGCUCGCCCACCAUGGGCGUUGGAGCCGGCGGAUCGCGAGCUGCGGCUCUCGGCCCGCGAGCGACGGCGUCAGCGUGGGGCGUGGCGGGGAGCGGUAUGAUGCUUUGCAUCGAGGCGCUGCGUUUGGAGCUCUGUAAUUCCCUCGGAGGUAUGGUUUCGGAGCAAAGGCUGCAGCGGACUCUCCUGGCGACCUGCUGCGCGGCCUUGUGCGACCCGGCGGCGGCGGCGGCUGACGCCGCCGCGGCGUUCCCCGACGUAUGUGCUGCUCGCGGGGCCGGGACGAGCUCUCCGCCGCGGCCGCGUCAACACGGUCCCACGCCAGGCUCCGCCGCUGCAGCAGGGACGGCCGCAGUCUCGGUCGCUGCCGCCGCCGGGGCGGCGGCGGCACAGGAGGCGGUUCUCCGGCUAGUGCUAUGCGCAGUGUCGUAUGGGCAGCUGCUGUUGGCGGACGCCGUGAUGCUGCUCUGCUACGAUUCAAGCAAUAGCAACGGAGGCGGCGGGGGCGGCAAUCGCGCAUCUCGGGGCUCCGGAACCACCACGCUUGCUUGGGAUGUCAUGGCCUGCCGGCGGGCGCUGCUUGGGCCUCCGCCGGGUCUUCCGGGAUGCUACUGCCGCGCCGAAGCUGCCGUACGGUCUCGGAUCCAAGCGAGCUUGUCCUUGGAUCUUGUGUGGGGCUGCCUGGCUGACAUACUGCCGAGGGCGACCGUCCUCCCUUCCCCCGGGGGUUCGGCGGCGGCGGGGGCAGCUGCGCCUGGUAGCGACCCCCACGUCAUCGCCGCGGUGUUGGUAUCCUACCCGCCCCUCCGGCACUGCCUCCUCUCCGAUCCACGUGCGCUCCACGAGCGCCUCUGCUCGCCAGCUGCCGUACAGGCCGCCGCGACGCUGCUCGCCUCCGUCACGGAGGUCCCUGCCGGUGAGCCGCCGCUGCGGCUCCCGCAGCGGCUGGUGGUGGUGUCGCUGGCAUCGGGACGGUUGGUGCAGCUGCCGGCAGUAGCAUCCCUCGAGGGUGCUGCCGGCCUGGAUUCGGAUGCCUUACUGGUGGCGGCGCUGGCCUCCCUGGAGUCAUCCUGCUUUCCGUUAAUGUGGUUGCUGCUUCGACUCCUAGUGGACGAGCAGGCGCUGCUGCUGGCGGUCGGCAGCCGUACGGCACCUGCGGGCAGUGAGGCACGGCGGGGGUUGCGGGAAGCAAUGGAAGCGGCGGUGGCGCCGCCGGUGACGGUGACGAUGGAUGGCAAGGACGGCAGCGCGCCUGGUUCCGGGGCGAGGGGAGGCGGCGGCGGGGGCGGCGGCGGCGGCGGUCCGACGGGUCCCGGCGGGGGCGCGGAGCUGCGUGCUGCGGAUAAGGCCCUUUGCGACGCGGCCUUGGUGGCCCUGCUGGGGGCUCCAGGGAGGGCGGAGCUCUUCGCGGAGAUGGCCUGGCAGCUGGGCCGAGGUGUUGGCGAGUAUUUGCUCAAGUCGACGGACUGGCUGUUGCAGGCCGUACUAGGUACCAGUGCAGAGGCGGGUCCCUCGAACGGCCUCGUGCUUGCGUUUCUUUACUACCUUCUAACGGAUGUACAAUUUUAUGUACGGCAGGAUCGCAAGGGCGAGCAGCUGUUGGGGCACACCAGCCUGGCGCAGCUGGUUGCGAGGUUGGGCCGUACUGCUAAGCCUGGCAUGGCGCCGCUGGCGGCAGCUGCCGGCGGCCUGCCGUACAUCCCCGCGGCAACAGCACCCGGCGGCGCUGGCGGUAUGCUGCCUGGCAACGGCGCGGCCGAUAUGGAUGCCGGCCUUGCGAUCAUCAGAGCUGCCACGCCGGCAGCGGACGUUGGUGGCGGUGCCGCCGCUGGAGCGGUGGUGGCGGUGGCGCAGCCGCCGCCUCCAUUCGCGGUUGAGUCGGCGGUGGCGGAUCUGGCGCUAGCGGGGCUGUACAAGGCGGGUACAGUAAGGCAGCGAGAGUUUGCCGGAGAGCUUAUACGGCAGCUCGUUCGGAUGGCGGAUGCCGUGCGCCGCGCCGCACUGGCGGCGCCGCUGGGAGCCACCGCCGCUGGCGGCGGUGGCGGCAGCGGGCUUGGGGCCGCAUCGGCCAUCGGGAUGCAAGGGAUGGGCUCCGGUACGCUACCUCCACCGCCGCCGCUGCCGCCACCGCCCACCAUGAUGCCAGGGCGCUCCCGAAGCAUUGGGACAGGUGGAGGCGUCAGCGCUGCUGCUGUCGGCGGCGUCAGCGCUCGCGCACCGUCAGAGGACCAGGACGCGUUGUUGUCGGGGCUAGGUGAUGGCGAUACCGCGGGAGGCGGCGGCGCCGGUGACGGCGGCGAUGGCACCGCCGGCGGGGGCCGUAAGCGCGGCGGCAGCGGCAUGGGCUUUGGAAGCGGUCGUACAAGGCGCAUGGGAGGCGGCGGCGGCGGGCUGGUGCGUUCGGACUCCAGGGGAGACCUGACAGAGGCGCUACGUAUCGGCUCGCCGGCGGCGCUGCAGGUCGCGCUGUGGGUCCGAGUUCGUGUCCUCAUGCCCCUGUUGCCCCUCAUCUACAUGGACAGAGACCCCGACCCCCGCAAGAACCUCCGCAGCCAGCUAGUGCCCGCGCUGCUGCAGCUGCUGGCCUCGCCACUCAUAUGGGCGGCGGCGCCGCCGCCGCCGCUGCAACUUGGCGCAACUGGCACCGCAGCGGUAGCGGCGUCGACGGCGGCGGCCGCGGCCGCGGCGGCGCCGGGUAUCGGCGGCUGCGUCGGCUCGGUGUUCGGGACUGCGACGGCGGCGGCGGCGGCGGCGGCGGUUGCCGCUGCAGCUGCCACCGUCGCAGCGGGCGCGGCGGGGGACUUGGAGAUGGGAUCCGGCGGUGAGGGUGCCGCAGCCGCCGCCGCGGCGGCGGCAGCUGCAGCGGCUGGCGAGGCGCUGCAUGAGAGGCUGCUUCAUAUCUUAUGUGCGCUGGACGUCCCGCCGUACGACAACGUUCUGCAACUGUUAACCGACUUGGACCAGGCGCUGGCGGCAGCGGCGGCCGCCAGUGGCAGCAGCAGCGGGGCAGCGGCAUCUCUGGCCUGGAUGCGCGAGCGCAUUAUAUCCGUACUUCCACUGCAAGGUGUCGUGCCGCGGCAGCUACUGCCGUUGCAGCAGCGAGCUCCAGCGGCAGCUACGGCUUCGGUUGGUACGGCAGACUCCGGUAGCUUACUGGCGGCCAUUCCAUUUUUGGAGAUGGACCCGGCGGUGCUGCUCCCGCUGGAGUCGUUAUCGCAGGGGGGCGAGGUGUCGGCGCAGCCGUACGGCCACACACUGCUGCCGCCGGCUCUGCGGCCGUGGGCGCGGCCACCGGCGUCGGGAGAUGCGGCGUCGGGCGGCGAUGCGGUCUCGGUUCUGACCAGCGAGCCCCUGUUGGCGGACUCGUCCCUUGCGGACCUUUUGCAACACGUUUCUCAAAAUGUCAAAGGCUUUCGAUGCAUUUCAACGGCAGUUCUUGUCGCUGCGCUUGAGGGCGUUCGGAACCUCAAAGACCUAUAUGGUCUACGGGAAUGUCGAGACUUUAUGGUGCAGCACGGGUUGACUCAGUAUGCAACAUUUUGGGCCAAAAGCCUAUUGCCUUCCUACGCUUGGACGAUUCAGUCCUUAUGGACAGACAACAAUCGCGAAGCCGGUGUGCAGAGCGACACCCGAACCCUUGUAAGCGAUAUAAAGAGUAACAUGGAGGAUUUGUUAAUCAGGUUCCUCCCCUCGAAGCCCUACUACCACCAGCUUGAUGACUUGAAGACGGACAGCUGGGGCAGGUUGGUCGCGGCCGUCGUCCGCACGCAAGUACCUAUAUACCUUGCGCGCGAGCUGGAGUCCUUCCGACGGUAUCUCCUAGAAACAGUCAACUUCCCACAGCCAGCCGUGCACGUUGGCGAAGCGACGCGGUGCCUGCUGCUCAGCGGCCGCAUGGCCCACCUGGGACUGUCCCAGUUGGACACGUGCGGCGCCAUCGCCGACUCGCACAUGCUGGAGCACGCCUGCGCGCUGCGACUGACCCUUGCCGAGCGGCCCUGGAACUGGGACUCUACUGAAACGGACAGCUGCCUGUUCGGCCUGCUCAAGCGCGCAGCGCAUGGCUUGCCCUGGCGCUGGCUCCAGGGCGUGCCGUCCUGCUCCGCUACUAUCGUGCUCUUCAGGGCGCCACACAUUUUCUCUGGGCAGUGCAUGCCGCCCGACAUGUCGCCAGCCGAGCGCCGCGUCUGCGGGCAGAUCUGGCGACUGCUCUCACAUGCGACCGUGCAAUGCUACCUCGGCUGGUGGCUGGCCGCUAGCACGAUGGUCCUGCGCCCCGGCGGCGUCAUCAGCGGGUUUUCGCUCCCGGACAACCUCCUGGUCACGUGUCGUGCGUGUUGGCAGCGGCGAGGAGAACGGGAGGAGGGGGAGUUGCGCGGGCUGCAGGCACCGCUGUACGCGGCUGCGGUGAGCUGGAUGUACGGUAUGCUGACGCGCCAGUGCCGCGGCAGCUCGGCCGCCGUGGCGGGGAUUGCUGCGUCGGGGAGGACGCCGCCACCGCCGUCCCUGCCUCCGCCAGCUGGGUCAGCUUGCAGGCCUACCAACACCGCCGCCGCGGCAGCAGCUGAAUCCGCUACUAGUGUUGUUACUCCCACUCCGACAGCGGGUGCUGCUGCCGUUGCUUAUGUCUCCCCUGCAGCGGUACACGAAACAGCAGCAGCAGCGCCAUCAACGCCACCACUGCCAGUAGCACCUGUGCCCACAACAGCUGCAGCCGCACCGACGGCGGCACGUGAGCCCGCCAGCACUGGUGGCGAAGAUGGCUCCCAGCUCCCUUACAGCGCACAGAACAUGCACGACAUAAUACUUCCAGUCAGCGAACAUUGCGUGGACUUCGUUGCGGCUGUCGGCAGUCUGGGCUCGCUCUUCGCAGACACCUUAGCGGCCGCCGCUUUAUCGCUGUCGCUAAGCCUGCAGUUUAUGGCGCCAGACGCGGCCGAGGCACGUCUGCGCAGCUGCUGGCAGCUCCUCGGUCGGAUCUUGGCUAUGGAUCUUGGAUCCGCGCGAUCUCGAUCGGUACGGGACCUGGCACAAGCCGCAGGCCGGGUGCUGCGGCUGCAGCUUCCAAACCACUUGGGACGGCCCGAAUCGGCGACGAUGGCGGCGGGUGCAACAGCUCUGCCUGCUGCACCGUUGCGCUGUAAAACAUGGAGCAGCGUUGGCGGCACCGGCUGCGGCAGUCGCGGCGCAGCCCCGAGCUCCCGCGGCACGACUGGUGACGGCGGCGGCAGCUGCGGCGACUUGCAUCUGGAAGGCGCCGGUAGCAGUGGCAGCUCAGAUGCGGCUGGGCCGUCCAUCCGGCUAAAUGCGGCCUAUGACUUGGCCAGCGCCUGCAUCGCCGUGGACCUGGCGUUGCGGCGUCCCGGGUGCUGGCCCGCGCUCCUGGCGCACGGACCGCCACUGCAGAUGGCAUCGUUAAUCCUGACGAUGCGGAAGGUGGCAGUGGCUGCUGACGAGAUGGAGCUCCUGCUGCCCCAGGCAGGUGCAACGGCAGCAGCAGGGACAGGCGUGGUCACCGCUGGUGAUCCACGGGUGAUAUGGCGGCUGCAACUGCUUGCGCUGCUGGAGCAAUGUUUGCCCUUCACGCUGACGCCGGGCGUUGCGGCAGCGGCCGUCAGUGGGGCGGCGGCGGCGGCGACAGCCGCUGCUGCCUCUGCCGCCGCCGCCGUCCGCGGCGAGCGCAGCCCGCGUGGCCGGACAUCGCCGCUUGCGUUUUCGGUGUCCCAGCCGUCCUCCCUCGGCGCGGUGCAUAUGGCGCCGGUUCCGGAUCCACCAGGUCCGCAUUUGCACGUCAACCAUGGGUUGUGUGGCGUGCGCGACCCGUGGGGAAGCUGCGGUGGCGGCGGUGGCGGAGCCGCUGAGGCGGAUGAUGAUGGCGAUGACCUUCACGCCGGGCCGGGCUGGCUGGAGGUCUUGGGCUUUGGAGCCUGCCCUGCCAUUGGCUCACCAGCAUGCUCUCAACAGGAGCGAAUGCUGGUGCUGGCGGCGUCCUCCUGGCUUCCGCUGCUGCUCACGGCGUUAGAGGAGGAUGGCGGCGCUCAAGGCGCAAGCGAGAUUCAUCGCGCUAGGUGUAAGGAUUUGCGGUUGGUACCCGUACAUAUUGCUGUACUUGCCGUACACGGUGGUCACCGGGUGGCAUGGCAAUGGCUGCUGCUGCUAGCGCGGCAGUGCCUGGCUGCCGUUGGGACGGCUGCGCAUGCGGGCUGGAUGCGGCUCCUACGACGUGUGCUUGUGGUCGAUCAGAUUACUGCCGUAUUGCGGUUGUACUGUGCCUGGGUUCGGCGUUGCCAAGAGGUUAUGACGACGGAUGCCGCGGUCAUCCUAUCUGCCAGUGGCGGCGCCGCCGGUGUGGCAGUGGCUACCUCUGCGCCCGCGGCCGCCUCUGCCGCUUCUGGCGAUCAGCAUACCCCGAUCAGCAGCACAACUGGCGAUGGCAGCGAGAACAACGCAGGGAUCGAUCCCGCGUUUUAUGAUUUGCAUCAGGCAGCGCUGCGGGUCGUGGAGGUGCUUCCAACCGUGCUGGAUGUGCUGGAGACCCUGGUGGCGGCGACGCCGGAUGCGGUUGCGCUGGCACUGGCGGACAAUCGUAAGGCCCGGGAACUGAUCUCCGUGGCGGAGGACCUACGCAGCGGCGCCGCCGCUGAUGGUGCCGGCGAGCUGCCGUACCCCGGUGCCGGUUCGCCAGCCGCCCUGGCGGCGCAGCAGCGGCUUCGGCAGCGGCAGCAGCGACGGGAAGAGCUACGGCAGGCGGCACUGCCGCCGGCGUGGGGCCCGGGACUGCCGCUGGACGCGUCCGUGGUUUCGGUGCUGUCGAUGUACGGCAGGCAUGGGCUGAUGCGCUGCCUGGCAGAGCUGUCGACAGCACGCGGCGACCGGUUCAGCUUUCGUCCACAAGGCCUAGCUGCACCAACGGCGCCCAUGCCGUUCAGUGGCGUCGACGGGGGAAACGGUUGGCGCACCCUGCCCGAUCCCCUCGUUGUACGGCAGCAACUAGGCUUUUCCUGGUGUGCGUACGAAGGCUGUACGAAUCUGGAGGGCAGCUCGGAAGCCACGCUCCUUACGCGCGCGUACGGCAGCGGGCGGGCCCAUCCUGCUGCUUGUUAUUGCCGCGUCUCCUGUCAGCAAGCAGACCGCCAGGCGUUGGCACCGGCGAGCCUGGAGGCCCGAGGGGGGUCGGAGAUGCGCCUCGCGUCUCGGGGUACGGUUAACGGAUUGCGUAGCUGA